AUGACUUUGCAGAAGCUUUUGCCUCUCGUCAUUCCUUCUGUUCUGGGCAAAGGGGCACCGUUUAGCAUGAUGACAUUUCCCAUGGACGCUUACAGGCAACUCAGGAACACACUUGAAGAAUUGAACGACGAUACGGCCAGCGAGAUCCAACCGCAAAAGACACCUUGGGCAUCUCAUUGGCUCUUCGUUGACAAACCAACCGUCGCCACUACUCUGGAUCUCACCAGGCUACUUCGACCCUCACAAAAAUGUGAUUCCGAUCAAUCAGCUAUACCCGACCUAUUUAAAGGCGAAUUAAACGAUGGGAAACCGAAUUGCGAACGAAAACGGACCUAUCUUCCCAUUUUCCUCUGUAUCGAUUGGUCGACCAAGAGAAAGCCGACGAUGUCAGAAAGCACAAUCCCUCCUGACAUCGCAAAAAGUGCGGGGCCACUGCUACUUGGCUAUAUGUUCAACUGGGGACUAUUUGGCGCCCUUUCGGUCCAGGUUUACAUGUAUUACAUGUCAUUUCCUAAAGACAGGCUUUACAUGAAAUGCCUCGUAUACGGGUUGUACCUAUUAGAAGUGGCACAGACGGGGAUUGUUACCCAUGAUGCUUUUGAUGGGUACGCAAAGGGAUUUGGGAACCUCAAAGCUCUUCACAGUAUACACCUCGAAUGGCUAUGCGUACCAAUUUUCAGCGGGAUUGUCAGCGGCACAGUUCAGAUCUUUUUUGCCUACCGCAUCUAUUAUCUUUCCCGCUCCAAAGCAAUAGGUAUUGCUAUUUGUGUAAUAGCGCUUACUGAAGCCACCGCCGCGAUCAUUGGGGGAGUGCAAGCAGCCACUGUUGAUUUACAAAGACUGCAGAGUGCAGCUUUUGCUAGCACUACGAUCUGGCUUGCAGGAAGUGCGGUUUGCGAUAUCAUCAUUGCUGGUUGUAUGAGCUACUUUUUGUCGAAAAAGGAUACGGCAUUUAAGGCUACUCGGACCGUCAUCAACAAGCUCAUCCGACUCACCAUCGAAACUGGCACGCUGACUGCCACGGUCGCGACAAUUGAUAUUGUUCUUUUCCUUGCAUUUCGGCACAACAACUACCAUACCGCACCUGCCACUAUUUUGGCGAAGCUAUAUUCUAAUACGCUUCUCAUGAUAUGCAACAGUCGUAUGCGAAUCGUUGGGGGUCGUGAUCCCACGCAUUCGACAUCAGAGCUUAUGGACAUGCCUUUGGAUGCGACAUCAGGGAUCGAAUUCAACAAGUUUACGAGAUCCGUUGACUUGAUUCCUCCCACACAACGACCGAAACCAUUCACAAUACACACUGAUACUUGGGCAGAGAACGAUGAUACUGAUCAGCGGCAUAAGGCUAGUUCUUCAUAUCUGGCAGAGGUCACUCCCGAUGGCAGAGACACAAAGGUGAAUCUUCAAAGUGCACUUGGCAGCAGCAGUCACGAUACAGAAAAUGCUUAA